UGUCCCUCGGACACAGCAGAUCACCGAUCACGGAAAGAGCCGAAGAUGUCGGCUCGGUCAUGUGAUCAGCUGUAUCCAAACACAGCUGAUCACAUGGGACAUGUACACUGAUCAUCAGGGCACUGAUGAUCAGUGUGCCCUGAUGAUCAGUGUAGCCCCAGCAGUGCCACCUGUCAAUGCCCAUCAAUGCCAGCUGUCAGUGCUCAUCAAUUCCACCUGCCAGUGCCCAUCAGUGCCACAUAUCAGUGCCCAUCUGAGCUGUCUUUCAGUGUCACCUAUCAGUGCCAGUCAGUGCCACCUAUCAAUGCCAGUCAGUGCCACCUAUCAGUGUCACUGUCCCAGCCAGUGCCACCAAUGAUGUGCCAGUCAGUGCCACUCAUGCAUGCUGCCAAUCAGUGCCAGUCAGUGCCACCUAUCAGUGCCAGUCAGUGGCGCCUAUCAGUGCCAGUCAGUGGCGCCUAUCAGCAUGCAUCAGUGCCGCCUAUCAGUGCCAUAUAUGAGUGCUGCCUUUCAGUGCCCAUCAGUGAUGCCUGUCAAUGCCCAUCAGUGCCACCUAUCAGUGCCGCCUAUCAGUGCCCAUCAGUUCAGCCUAUCAGUGCCCAUCACUGCAGCCUCAUUAGUGCACAUCAGUGAAGGAGAAAAAUAACUUAUUUACAAAAAUUUUAU